AGGGCGAGCACCGCUCUCGAUGACCUCUUGGUUAAUUUUUGAAAUUUGCAGAGACAAAAUUAAGGACAUGGUGGUGUUACAUAUGCCAGGGAGAUAACUCAUUAGAAGCAGAAAAAACGGGUUUCAGUACACAAAGCAAAUAUUUUUCAAAUUAAAAAGUUGUUGUCCGAGUGGCGCGUGGCGGCUGCAACUUCAGGACCACCGGCUGUCCGAUGCUUGUGUGGAGAUUCUGCAACCUCCAGUCAGCAGGAUGGCUGCGCGAUAAAUGACUUGCUGACACGGGCUGGAGGGUAAUGCGCUCGACCAGGGACACGCACCAUGGCCUGGCGAUUGUGGUCAAAACUCUGCUGUGGUCAAAAAUGGAUCCUACUCCUUUCCCCUCUUUUCAUUCUCUUCCUCAUGAUCGCCGUGAUGACAAUCACUCUGCCCCUCCCUUUGCCACCUGCUGACAUCGCCUGGAGGUCGUCCCGAGCCCUCAGCUCCACGGGGGAGUUUAGAUCCAGGCGGAGGAUUGUGGCGCCCCUUCCAGUUUCUGGCUUCCAGCAGCCACGGACUCACAUCUACAGCAGGGGCUUGAGAAGCAGCACUAGAAAAGAGACAUCUAAACAUUCAGUGCCCCUUAAACCUUUCGGGGACGCUGCUGGCGAUGACAAAAACGGCAUCAAAGAGAGACAUCACGCUGAUAUACACAGAAACAAACAAAAAAGCAAAGGCAUUGCCUCCAAAAGAAAAGAGUUAGUAGGCGCCAGCCAGCCAGCCAGUCAUCACCAUCCCCAUCCAGAUUUUACAGUCAACAACACGCAGCCAAAGCAUAGAAUUAAGCCAAGCAACCGCAGUUCUGUGGCAAAACAAGCUGCGCACACAUACAUUCAUCUUGAAAAGAGGGAAUCCAAAGGAGGACAUUUCCACGCUUCAGCAGAUGCCAUAGUAAGUGAGAGAGGAGCUGCAGACAGACGGGCAGCCAAAUCAGGGGUUAGACGCACAAACAGGAAUGCAGACAGACAGACACAUGGCAGCCAUACAAGUGCAAAGUUAGCAAUACAUCACCAGGCUUUGGAAAAACACAAACAACCAAAAAAGCGCUCUCUGAAAUCAGAUGAUGUGGGUAAGAAACAGCAGGCUGUGAAAAAGCCCCCUGGGUAUUUCAAAAAGCGCCAUAAUCUCUCUGAAGAUCCCUCUGAUGCGAAGGAGAUUCCUGGAUUGCUGGACCACAGAAAGCCUUUGUCCAAACCAGAGAUUGCUGUGAGGAAAGAUGACAGCGGCUUGUGUGAGAGCUUUAGAGAGCAGGACUUUCUAGAUAGUGACCGCAGAAGGAUCAGGGCUGACCUGCACCAUCUUCCCUGGCUUAGCAAGGAUGACAUCCAGAAGAUGGAGUUCCUUGCAGAGGGUGAGGUGGUUAGCAAGGCCAGGAUGCCUGGACACGGACAGGUGCUCCAAGUGGCCCUGGAUCCUCCAGCACACCAGCAGAAGCCAUCAGUGAGGAGAAAUUCAAAUGAGCAUGGGGCUGGACAUGGACAUCCAGCUACCCACAGUGAGCGCUGCCAGCAGGGGUACUGCUCCCUGAUCAAGCGCACUGAUGACUGGUUUGAAGUGUUCGCCUUCCACCUGGACAGAGUGCUGGGACUCAACAGAAGUCUCCCUGCAAUUCUGAGGACCUUCUGUAGUGACAUGCUGCCCAACAGGUACAUCAGCGGCACCCCCAGACCUGCAGUGUGGUGGGACCCAGAUAUUCAGCACCUUUCUGAUGAAGACAACGACCAGAACUCAGUACCACUAAGCUGGGUUCACUAUCAGAAACUACUAAAAGCCCGCUGUGGCAGUGAAACAGACCUGAGAUCAGCCCCCUGUGUGGGAGUGCAGCACUCAGAGUGGGGAAAGCUAGCUCUUUUUGACUUCCUAUUACAGGUAAAUGACCGCCUGGACAGGUACUGCUGUGGUUUCAUACCUGAUCCCACAGAACUCUGUGUGGAGAACCUGCUGUAUGCAAAGUGUGCCAACACCAAAGACCUGCUGCUGGUUCACAUCUUGGUGAGGAAGGCAGAUCCCUCCACACUGGUGUUCAUAGAUAAUGCUGGCAGACCACAACAGUCCACCACCAACCUCAACUUCAGGCUGGUUGAAGGCAUUAAUGAGUUUCCAGAAAAAGCUGUGUCUGUGCUGCGCUCAGGCUGUCUGGAAAAUCUUCUUCUACGCUCCCUGUACACAGACAGGGAAUUCUGGGACAGCCAUGGUGGGUCCAGCGGUCUCAGGCCUCUCAUCCGUAUGGUGGAGCAGAGAGGGAAAAUUCUCCUCCAGCACAUCAGGAACAAAAAGCUUCAGCUCAAGAGGGACCUGUGACUGAGCCGAUCAGGCCGAACUGGAGCAGAAAGUAGAUGCAAACUACAGAUGGAUGAGCUCAACAUGAUACGGUGUGAUCAAAGAGAGCUCAUUCAGGAGCAGAAGAGUCUCUGAAUGAAAAGAAGCAUGCAAGAACGAAAUGAGUCGGGUAAUUUAAAAGCACAUCGCAUCCAGCUGAAAUCACAAAAGUCAUUUAGAUCAAAAAAUGCUCAUGCAAAUGCACCAACGCACAAUGUAAACACAUUUCAAAUGGUGAUUGCAAUACAGAGACAUCCAGGGGUCGUCUAACUGGAAUAAAAUAUUUAUGUGAAAAUGUGGGCAAACAGAUUAACAAAGCAACAAUGUGGACUGCAAAGACUGAGAGACUAAGCACAGCGAGUUAUUAACAUGCUUCUGAGUUUGUUGCUUCAUGAGAAGGCUUUCAUUCUUCUGUUUUAACAGAAGCCAUCUGUAGUACCAGCUGUAGAGCAGAUUCAGUUCAGUCUUUGGUUUGUUAAAGCUGAGCUCAGUUAGACAGGUGGAAGAGUCCAGAGUUAGAAAGACUCGCACUAACCACAAUCAAAAGAUUAUUAUAAAAAAAAUCAAUUUGCCACAACUUUCUAA